AUGAGUGUAUCUAAAAAAUUCAUUCAACAUCUUAUUCUGUUUGACAUAUUCGUCGCGCUGUCAGUUACCUGUGGUGUUGUGUUCAGUUCAGGAGUUGGUGAUGGGAAUAUCAAGUGCCUUCAAACGGAAUUAGAAGCUCUUCUCAGUUUCAAAGGGGAGUUGUUAGACGUCCGUGGACGUCUUUCUUCAUGGGGAAAUGAAGGAUUUAAUCAAGAUUGUUGCACAUGGAGAGGUGUCCAGUGUGACAAUCAAACCAGUAAUGUCAUUAGACUCGAUCUUCGUGGUCCUUCUAGUCUCAAUGCAUCCGUUGCCACUGCGCCAUUGAUAGGUAAGAUAAGUCCUGCCUUACAAGAAUUGAAGCAAUUAAAGUAUUUGGAUCUUAGUUACAAUCGAAUUUCAGGAGGUAUACCGGACUUUCUUGGUUCUCUGAGUAAGUUGGAAUACCUUAACUUAUCUUGUGUUGGUGAUGAUUUUACAACAGUUCCUAAACUUGGCAAUCUUUCUUGCUUAAACACCCUUGAUUUGAGCUAUAAUGAUUUCCUAUCUGUGAAUAACCUUGAAUGGAUUUUGAGUCUUCAUCAAUUGAGAUACCUUGCUAUAGGUUAUGCUAAUAAUCUGAAUAAUUCUGUAUAUACCUGGCUGUUUAAGUUAAGCAAUCUGACUCACCUUGAUCUCUCUGGUAAUAUUUUAUAUGGUCAAAUUCCUGAUGCUUUUUGGAAUAUGAAAUCCUUAAAACACCUUGAUCUGUCUCGGAAUGCGCUUGGAGGUGGCUUCCCUAGAUGUCUUCGUAACAGUAGUAAUUUGAAGUUAUUGCGACUGUCUUCCAACAAUCUAGAUGGGCAGCUACCUGAGAUAAUGAAUAACUUGUCAUGCGUGUCACAUUNAAAUGAAUGA